AUGUCGCUGACGUCUGAUGAUUCUGAGUCUCCAAUAAAUAAAGCUAAAAAAACUCUACGGAUACCUGGCCACACCAACAUACCUUGCCACACCAACAUACCUGACCACACCAACAUACCUGACCACACCAACAUACCUGGCCACACCAACAUACCUGGCCACACCAACAUACCUUGCCACACCAACAUACCUGGCCACACCAACAUACCUGACCACACCAACAUACCUGACCACACCAACAUACCUGGCCACACCAACAUACCUGACCACACCAACAUACCUGGCCACACCAACAUACCUGGCCACACCAACAUACCUGGCCACACCAACAUACCUGACCACACCAACAUACCUGACCACACCAACAUACCUGACCACACCAACAUACUUGACCACACCAACAUACCUGGCCACACCAACGUACCUGGCCACACCAACAUACCUUGCCACACCAACAUACCUGGCCACACCAACAUACCUGACCACACCAACACACCUGACCACACCAACAUACCUGGCCACCACAACGCGGACCUGGCCACACCAACAUACCUGACCACACCAACACACCUGACCACACCAACAUACCUGGCCACACCAACAUACCUGGCCACACCAACACACCUGACCACGCCAACAUACCUUGCCACACCAACACAACUGACCACACCAACAUACCUGACCACGCCAACAUACCUGGCCACACCAACAUACCUGGCCACACCAACAUACCCGGCCACACCAACAUACCUGGCCACACCAACAUACCUGGCCACACCAACAUACCUUGCCACACCAACACACCUGACCACACCAACACACCUGACCACGCCAACAUACCUGGCCACACCAACAUACCUGGCCACACCAACAUACCCGGCCACACCAACAUACCUGGCCACACCAACAUACCUUGCCACACCAACACACCUGACCACACCAACACACCUGACCACGCCAACAUACCUGGCCACACCAACAUACCUGGCCACACCAACAUACCCGGCCACACCAACAUACCUGGCCACACCAACAUACCUGGCCACACCAACAUACCUGGCCACACCAACAUACCUGACCACACCAACAUACCUGACCACACCAACAUACCUGGCCACACCAACACACCUGACCACGCCAACAUACCCGGCCACACCAACAUACCUGGCCACACCAACAUACCUGGCCACACCAACAUACCUGGCCACACCAACAUACCUGACCACACCAACAUACCUGACCACACCAACAUACCUGGCCACCACAACGCGGACCUGGCCGCCAAACUAG